AUGGCGAGCCCGCCCGUCCCCUUCAACCGCCUCAAGCAGAUCGCCAAUGAUGCUUGCCAAAGCGCCAUUGGCUCCGCCGAGUACUACGAUCAUUCCAAGACGGAGCAGUGGAACUCGACUAUAAUCAACUCCAUCCUCAAAGCCGUCAUCGCCGAAUCCACCACCACCGGCACCCCACCCGCCUACAAAUUCGCCUGCAACUCCACCAUCGUGCAACACCUCGUGCCCACCUCCCAGCUCAACAAGGCCAAGGGCAGCGCUGUCAAGGAUGAGGAGCCCCAUGUGACGACGAGCGCCGAGGAGCCCAAGAGCACCGACGGCAAGCCCCACGUUGGCAGGCGGGGUAUGCAUAGCGCUACGGGUGCUUAUUGGGAUGAGAAGAGGGAUGGGAUGUGGAGCUUUAAGUAUGAUGGGGGUGAGGGCAAGGGGAUGGAUGUCGUUGUUAUGUUGAUCUGGAUUGGCAUUUAA